AGGGAUGGCCAAUUCAGCAAGCAAUGCGGGACCAAACAAACAUACACGCGGUCGAAAAAGAAUCAAGAGCAGCCCAUGUGGUUGGUCCACUGUAGUGCACCAUAUCAAGCCACGUAAGCGAAUACGAAUCUCCACUCCACGGCGAUUACACGUCACCAAGAGAUAAAAAUAUCUUGAUAGGACCCGAGGAAGCAAAGCCAGACGGCGAUAAGUCAAGAUCUGCACGAUGUAUACGAACCACAGAAAGCCUUUGCUCCCUUAUCAGCCAACACCUGGCGGCGGGGGACACCACAAACUUGGGCUCAUUGGGUCAAAACCCUAGAUCCGGAAGUUCGUAGUGGGCUCGUUAAGAUGACAAUUUUGCCCCCCAUAUCUCAACCACUCCCCAAUACUAAAAAUUUCGAGAAACAUUUAUUUGUUGACAUCCUAAUUUAUAAGCCUCAUGUUUCGAAUUAAAUGUUUUAAAUUGACAUAAUUUGACUGUGUAAGAAACAGUAGGAGAAAGUCCCGAAAGGUAAAUUUGUAAUAUAGAGCAAAAUAAGGGUUGUUUCUAUAAGUUACUGCAACUUGCCAUUUCUUUUCGUCUUCCUACCCAUACCAUCACCAAAUCGUGCAGGGGAGAGAGAAAAUUCCGAGAAAGUAGAGCGAGAAAAAUCUGGGAAUACAGGGAAGGAGGGAGAGAAUAUAACUCAACGGUUGAAGAGUAGUUGGUGCUAUAGAGAGUUGAAUAAUGAAGAGCUGUGAGCUUUGCAAGAGUCCGGCGACGAAUUACUGCGAAUCAGACCAGGCGAGCUUGUGCUGGGACUGCGACGCUAAAGUUCACGGAGCAAAUUUUUUGGUGGCGAGGCACUCGAGGACCCUUCUUUGUCACGUGUGCCAGUCUCAGACUCCUUGGAAAGCCUCCGGUGCCAGGCUUGGAAACACGGUUUCCGCAUGCGAGAGAUGCGUAGAUGGAACGAACGAAGGAGAUGAAGAGAGCGAAGCGGGUAAUGAUGAUGACUUCGAUACCGAGGAUGACGAUCUCGAUCAAGACGAGGAGGAGGAUGAUGAUGAAGAUGAGGAUGGUGAUAAUCAAGUGGUGCCGUGGUCUUCUUCCACAACUCCGCCGCCGGCUGCGAGUUCCUCGAGCAGCGAAGAGUCUGUGACCAGGAUCUCUGGUGCUGGCGCAGAAGCUUUUGAAUCGAUCAACGGUUUCACUUUUAAGAGAGUUCGAGAGAAUGAUUCCGAUCUUGGCUUUCAAGCACAUCAGUCCAACAAUUACGGCGAAGCUACCUCUGGCGGCUCCACACGGCAUUGUAGAUCUCGAGUGGCUGAUCAAGAUACGCCGUCGAAAGAUUAGGAUCAGGCCGGUUCGAGAUCCAUGGAGAUCACCGAGUCGCGGAAGCGAUUUCAUGGUCGUUGACGGUCUCACUUGUUCGUGAUCUUAACCGACCGGAUAUUGUGAGGCGGUUGCGUGAUAUUUAUAAUUUGACCUAUCUUUACUAACAGAAGUCGAUAGUUGAUCUUGGAUUGACCAUUCCUUAAUUUGUACUAAUCAGAGAUCUUAUCUGUGAUUUGUUUGGAGAUCGUGCAUUUUGAUUUUCGCUAUGAAAAGCCAGCUAUAUUAUUGUUUCUCUGGUUUGAUCUGGGUUGUAAUGUGCGCCUUUGAUCAUUGGUUUAAGCACAUUGGAACGACAACUGUUGGCCUUUGUAAAUUCAUUAUCUUUAGUGAAUGAAUUAUGGUAGAAUAAUCUCUGAAUAA